AUGACGCUUGCAUCGUUGUGCGCUGACAUUUCGCUAGUCUACGACUCGCUUGGCGAAUAUGCGAAAGCACUUGAGUAUUUAAAGAAAUCUCGUGAGACAGCCCAGGAUUCUGGUUCAGAAAUCUGCCCUGGUUUUGCAGCCAAAUACAAUCAACUUGGUGCUGUAUAUUAUAAACAAGGCAAAAUCGAAGAGGUGCUAGAAUUGUAUGAGAAAUCUCUAGAAAUUCAAUUAAAAGUCCUUCGUCCUGAUCAUCCUAACUUGCAGCAUGUUACGCGAGAUCCAGAUGAUAAGGAAGGAUUCAGCUCUUUUAAAGCAAGAUUGGCACAUUUACUCUAUGUUUUUACUAUAAAUUAUUAUUCUUUUUUAAAUUAUUUUCAAACAUAUGGAGAUACCGUACAACCAUAUAUCACAAUCACGAUCGUUCCUCCACCACCAAAACAUCUAAAUGCCAAACAAGCAGAAAAUUGGAGAAGAGCAAAUAAUAAAUCUCGUUAUAAUGAAGAAUUAAGAAAUUCCAUGGUUCCAUUUGACCGUCCACCCUGGUCGUUUGAUAUUGUAUUUGUCAAUUAUACCACUGCAGACGCAAGAUUAACUUAUUUGUUAGAAACCAUAAAAAAUGUUUAUCGUCAACAUCAACAUCAAGAUUCGAAACAAUCAAAUCAAUUUGGUAAAACAUUUUGGACCGUAAUAAGGUGA